AUGAGUGUCCUCAACUGGCUUUAUGUAACAGUCAAGCGAGAGAUCAAAUUAUCAUACGCGUUCAUGGAAAGCAACUUUGACGCAGCCUUUGUUCCUUUCCCCAUCUUCGCUACCGCUUCGUUACUAUACCGAAGGUCAACCUACGAAGAAGCCUUAUCUUCCCUCACCAACACACUGCUCUACGGUUUCUUCCUCUACUACAGCACAGAACUAGCAAACAAUGCCGAUGGAGGCACAAUCGAAGACAAGAUUAACAAGCCAAACCGCCCAAUAGUGCAGUCCCAGACUACCGUGGCUGCAGCAAAACUACGAUUCUACAUCGCAUCAGCAACGUGGCUCUUAUUAAGCUACAUCCUAGACGUCUACAUCUGGUCUCUGCUCUGGAUAGCUGUCCUCGUUUCCCACUACCUACUACGAGCAUCCAGAAUAGGACCGGCAAAAGAUCUCUGCAUCGUUCUAGGUGUCACUUCCCAACUCAUGGCCUGUUGGAAGCUGGGUGGCUCCGAUAUGCGUGAGGGCUGGAGGUGGGUCAAACUGAUUAUUCUUUGGAUUUUCUUCACCGUUCCUAUACAGGAUUUUCGUGAUGUUCCCGGGGAUUUGGCUGCUGGACGGAGAACGACUCCUAUCCUGUUGGGGGAUUUUCCGGCUCGAAUUUACACAUCGAUGGGACUCGUUACAACCGAGGUACGCUUUCACCAUGUUUAUUCCCCUCCCUACUACCAAUUGAAUGCUGAACGCAGGAGCUGA